UAAAAACUUCAUGGUACUUUAGAUGUCAGUUAAAUCUCCAUAACGGAAUAAUCUCAGUAUUCAAUUACCGGCAUGAAAAUCAGUCUGCAAAUAAACGCUGCAACAGCUUUGCGAAUGUCUCGCGAGUAAACAGUGGACGAUACCACCAAAAUAAAAUGUCUCACAGAGGCGUUCUUGAAACGUUUUCCUUUCUUUUGGGGGUUUUCGUCUCAGUAUUAUACGCGAAUCAGAAGUUGCCCUUUGGUCCAACCGGGUUCGUCAACAAAACUGGCCGUUACGAAUGGCUGAUGGUCAACUUCUUCGUCAACUUCAACCUUAGUGGUCACAUUGAGAAUUCCACAGUGGCAUCCGCCGCCAGCGACUGGGCAACGGACUGCAAAUACGAUCCGCUAGACAGCUACAUGCACGUCGUGGACUGGAGUGCCAACAACGCCAGCCAAAAGGACAUUAAGAAUUUGUCAUCCUACACCGUGGACGACAUGGAAGUCGUUGCAGAACAGUGGCAUAGUGCGCUGGAGGAGGAUCUUACCAAUAAAAUUCAAUGUAUCGAAGCGGCCACGAUGACCAGUCUGUACGACUACGGACAGGAUGCGCAGCAGCUGGGGAUAGUGACCUUUCUCACCGUACAGGAAGUCAUUAACAACACCGCGCAUGCCUGGUUCUUACGGCGCAUGACAGAGGUUAUCCAGAAUAUGGCGACUGUAAGUCGUCAGAAUAUCUCAACCAUCCAACAGCGCCUGUCAACCAGCUUGAUUGAUUUUGGAAGCAAUGCGAAGGAUUACGAGAGCUUCAUCGCGCGCAUCAAUUCUACUGUCAGAAUUACCAAUACAAGCGAUUUGGCUAUGGUUAUGGCGUGGUGCUCCAAUUACACGGCGCGGUAUGCCACCGCCGCGUUGAUGUUCGAGCUGCAGAAUCGAACGGGAGUGUUUGCUUGGUGCUUGUAUAACGUUUUGUCCACGUGUUGUCCGGAAUGGUUUGCGCGCACUACCUUUGUCGAUUUGGUACAAGAGAUCUACGAUACCUCGUUGAUGUUGAUGCCCACUGUGGCGAACUGGACCAAUGACAAACAAACAGCCUUCCAUAAUCGCUUUAUCUUUGGUAUAGUUACGGACGGGUGGCUGCAGCAGAUUCAGCGCUUCAUUCACGCCAUUAACAAUCGGUAUGAUAUGGGGAACAAUCUGUUAGCGGUCCAUUCAAAUGCCGAACCGCCCAUAAGCAAAUCUGUGGUAAUUGUGUCGAUCGGCAUCAACGUGACCUCACUCAAUGCUGAUGAUAUGUUGGCGACCCUUCGGUAUCAAAAUCUCCUACAGAAUAUCACGCUGGAUGUCAAAGGCACCAAGAUGAAUAUGUGGAUUUACGAGGAACCUGUCCGUAUCAGCCAUUACGAGACUGCUGUAACGGCUACUGUAGUUGGGGUGCUGAAUUUCGCGAUUGUUCUCUGUGUAACCGGAUACUUUGUGCGGCAACUUCACAAAUCAGAGCGGUAUCAAACACCGGUGCCAAGAGAGCAAGACAACGAGGAUAUGGAUAGCACGUACAACAUUUAACGGACAAAAUUAAAAUCGCUGCCGUAGAGUAGCGUUUGUGUAAUCGCCAUAAUUUCUAUGUGACAACGGUCUGGUGGCGUUGAUAUCGAAAUAAUUUUGACAAGAAUUCGUAAAAUAUUACUGUGUUUUAAGUAUUUCCCAUAAUCAUGAUCUUUGACUUAAUGUAUUGCUGGUUAUGGUAUUUGUUACUUGUUAUCUGUUGUUUCAACUCAUAUACUGUACACUGUACGUUUCACGAAAA